AUAGAAAAUAGAAUUAUAUAAUUACAAAAUCUUCCCAAAAGAUUCUAUCAAUUUCCGAAUUCUGCACCCAGUAUUAUUAUUAACCGUGCUGGCCCAUUGAUGUCCAUGGGCCAUAAACUUCCUUCCCACGUCUAAGUCUUGUAAGCCCAUUAGGACUAUGAUUAAAUUGAAGAAACCUAGAAUUGUGGAUUAAGGCCCAUAACCUAGAAUUUGAUGAUGGAAAGCGGUGGAAGGUUGGAGAGACGUCUCGUUCCUAUCCAAACUGGAAGUGUCCAGAAGGGUGAGGAAAGCGCCACAAUCCUCUUUCACCUCCUAUAUAGAGAGCUCAUCUCUAUCCCUUUCAUCAUCAAGAAAUCGUUCGAAGCCUGCGUACGAGAUAUUUCGCCUUUAAGCAAAUCAAUUCAAUUUGAUCGAUCGACCAAAAAAUGGCACUCAUUUCAAGUGUUCUUGGUGGUGGCCGACGGAGCAACAUCUUUGAUCCCAUCUCUCUAGAUAUCUGGGAUCCCUUCGAAGGCUUUCCUUUUAGCACCACUCUUGCCAACGUUCCUAACAGUGCUCGCGAAACCUCUGCCUUCGUCAACACCCGUAUUGAUUGGAAAGAGACUCCCGAAGCUCAUGUUUUCAAGGCGGAUCUUCCAGGGUUGAAGAAGGAGGAAGUGAAGGUUGAGGUUGAAGAGGGCAGAGUACUUAAAAUUAGUGGAGAGAGGACUAAAGAGCAGGAGGAGAAAAAUGAUAAAUGGCAUCGGGUGGAGAGGAGCAGCGGCAAGUUCCUUCGCCGGUUCAGGUUGCCGGAGAAUGCAAAGAUGGAUGAAGUCAAGGCUACUAUGGAGAACGGUGUGCUAACUGUGAGGGUUCCAAAAGAAGAGGUGAAGAAGCCGGAGGUGAAGGCGAUCGAGAUAUCUGGUUAAGUCAUUAAAAGGUUGACGGCCAUCAGGAGACAUGAUGUUUUCAAAUUUAGCUACUGCAGGAGUCUUGAAUGAUGUGGAUGGUGUGUUACUUUGACAGACUGGGCAUGUGUAUUUUUGGUUGUGUUUUUCCUGUUGGUUUUAAUAAAUGUGUAUCAUAAGGUGUGUUUUAAAGUAUAUAAAUGAAUAAUUUUCUUUAAUUAGAAA